CCGUGGCUGAGGAAGUGAAGGAGAUACGGGACAUGGUGAAGGGAUUGACUAGACAGGUUACAGAGAUUGUGACCACUACAGGGGCCACAGCCUACCGGGACAAACCUGGAGGGCCCUAUUCACUUCGCUGGGACCGUAGGAACAACGAUUCCUGGAUGAGUGUCGAGGAUAGAAAUCCUCGAACGCUGACUGAUUAUCGUACGAGGGGAAGAGGGAGAGACGAUGAGCCAUGGCGACGUAGGGAUGAUGAGAUAGACCGAGACUGCAGAGAUCGCGAGCCGUUUGCGCGAGCAAGGAGGCUGGAUGAUUACCCGCGAAGCCCUCGCUAUGAGGCCGAUCGGGGUAGAGGCGACUCCCGUGGUCGAUGGGAGACAGAUCAGGGCCGACGAGAUGGAUAUAGGGACGACAGAUACGAGAGAUCGGACCGAGAUGGAUAUAGGGACGACAGAUACGAGAGAUCGGACCGAGAUGGAUAUAGGGACGACAGAUACGAGAGAUCGGACCGAGACGGAUAUAGGGACGAUAGAUACGAGAGGUCGGGUCGAGAUGGCUACAAAGGUGGUAGGUAUGAAAGAGAAGAUCGGGACUGGGAACGACGAGAUGGGUCGAGCGGACGGUUUAAGCGCGGGGGAGAUGCGGAAGAGCAGCGCGACGAGUUGCGGGGGUGGUACAACCGAGGGGACCGACGCGAUGAGUCACGAGGGCGAUAUGACUCAGGGGACCGCCGGAAUGAUUCGCGAGUGGGGUAUGAGCAAGGAGGGUCUGGAGGAGACCGCCGUAACGAUUCGCGCGGUCGGAAUGAGAGAGGGGGAUAUGGCGUCUCAUCAGAACCAUAUCCCAAGUCGCCUGACCCCAAGGCAGCCAGGAGUUCGAUCUCUAGAAGCGCAGACGAUARGCCAUCUACUCCCAGGAACUCAUGCGUCUACUGUAGAGGAGAAUAUCAUAUCAAGAGGGAUUGCCCGGACCUCAAACGGGCAAUAGGUGAGGGACUUGUCGUGCUUGACGACCGCAAGUACGUCAAGUGGGCAGAUGGUCUGGGAGAUGUAUCGAUGUUCCCUUCGAUGAAGGAGAAUGUCGAAGCAAGGAGAGUAAAGCCGAGUAAAGAAAAGGAGCCGGUAAGGAGCCAGAGCAUCAAGAUAACCUUUGGGGGGGAUAUGGCGACCACACCCAUAAGGGUGGCAGCCACCAAGUCGGCGAGAGGGUCUACAUCGAAGAAGACUGACACGGAUUACGUGAUGGCGGAGAAGGACGGGCAGCGGGUCGAUGGAGAGGAGGUUAUCCUUUCGCCGCGAAAGAGGGGAGUGAAGAAGUUCUUAAUGAAGAGUUCGAUGGACGAGAUUGACACAGUCGAGCCACUGAGGCGGGCCCUUCGGCAACCUAUGCCGUGCUCUAUUCUGGAGUACAUGGCGGCAUCGAAGCCGGCUCGUGAUGAGUUACAGAUGAUUACGCGGAAGACUCGCAUACCUCUAUCGGAGGAGGGUCAGGGGGCCCCUAAGGCGGAAGCUUCUACAGUAGCAGUAACGGGGGUGACUGCCAGAGCGGAUCGCAUGGCGACAGUCCUUCUCGAUGGAAUGGAAGGUGUGCCUCCAGACAAGUUUUAUAUACUUGGUAGCGGAGCCGUGGAGACGAUUAUAAACGAUGGAGCGGUACUCGAUGCUGUGAUCGAUAACGACAGUGAGGCUGUCAUCAUAGACAAGGACCUGGCAGUACAGGUUGGACUGGGCCUCGAUAGGUCAUACCUAUUCGAGAUUGAGACGGCUGAUGGGAGAAAGCAACAGAUCACUGGGGUUUGUCACAAGGCAGCCAUAGAGGUCCAAGGGCGCGGUAGGGUUGACCCUCGAUACGCUAAGCCAGCAAGGAUUUACACGAUACCACAUGUUCCCUGGAAUGACGCGGGAUGGAAAUACGCCAAGAAGGAGAAGAAAGAAGUUAUCGCUUUCCUGAAAGAAAAGAUGGUUUCCUAUGUUGCGGAGCCGUCUGAUAGCGCUUAUGCUAAUCGAUGGUUCAUCCUACGAAAGCCGAAUGGCAAAAUCCGAUGGAUCCAGGACCUUCAGAAGGUCAACGAGGUGACGAUACCAGACGUGGGCUCCGUGCCACACGCCGAUUUACUGGCAGAAGGCGCCGCAGGUAGGUCGAUUUAUUCGGUCUGUGAUCUGUUCUCAGGCUAUGAUGAGGUGCCACUUGACCCUAGAGACAGGCACCUCACGGCUAUGCAUACAUUAUUGGGACUAAUACAGAUGAUGGUUGUCCCUAUGGGUUGGACUAAUGGGGUAGCCGUUUUUCAGAGAGCCAUGGCAGCCGUCCUCAAGGACUUCAUCCCUGAUAAGGUUGAAGUUUUUCUGGAUGACUUUCCUAUAAAAGGGUCAGUAAACAAGGAUGAGGCAGAGGUUGCACCUGGAGUUAGAAGAUUCGUCGAGAAGCACCUAACGGAUAUUUGCGCGGUACUCGAGCAGCUGGACGAUGCGAAUCCAACAGUCAGCGGAACAAAGAGCCGAUGGGCCGUCUCAACUAUUAAGAUCUUGGGCUUUAUCUGUGACUCGAGGGGACGCCGAGCAGAUCCGGCGAAGUUAGACAAACUCCUGAACUGGCCGUCACCAUUACAUUGUCCAACCGAGGUCCGGCAGUUUCUGGGAGUGGUCGGUUACUUGCGUAUAUUCAGACGAGGGUAUGCGGAGAAGGCUGAGCCAUUGAGACUACUCCUUCGAAAAACUGAGAAAUUCUGUUGGGAUUCCUCGCAGGAACUCGCUAUGCAAGAGCUUAAAGAUGAAUUUAAGGAGGGAGGACGCGUACUGGGCCUGCCGUUCUUUGAUGAUGAGGCUGGGAGACCCUUCAUAGUAGCCACGGAUGCUGGACCUUGUUCGGUAGGAGGGUUGCUCUCUCAGAAGGACGCUAAAGGGAAGGAAAGACCAUUAAGAUUUGAGAGUAUGACACUUAAUACGGCAGAGCGAAACUACAGUCAAAUUCAAGAAGGAAGUAUUAGUUGUUCUGCGGUGUCUAGACACGUUCAGACAUUAUAUCUAUGGACGACGGUUCAUCUUGAGAGUGGAUCCCACCGCGGUCGCCUCUGUCCUCCAGAAGGACUUUAGCCUGACAGACCCGACCAUUGCACGAUGGUUAAUACGGAUUCGACUAUAUGAUUACACAGUAGAGAGGAUAUCUGGCACUAAAAAUGU